GCAUGCUGAUAUUUCGCUUUCAACAAACACAAAGGAUUACUUUACUCCUUGAGUAAUGCAAUUUUAUGGACUGUACUUUUCCUCAUGUCAUAACUUGGACUAGUGACUGACGUUAAAUAGGCGGGGUGUGAACAUACGCGGUAUAAAAACAACAGGUAACGAUGUAAAGACCAGUAGCGUCACUGGUGGAUGGCGAAAGUCCUUCAAAAUGGGCAACUGGAUCAUUAACCAUGGACUGUCAUCCUUCAUACUGGUGGUCUGGAUGGCCAUCAACAUAUUCCUGUUCCUUUGGUUCUAUUUCUUCUACGACUUGGGGGAUCAGUUUUUCUACACACGCCACAUUUUAGGGUCUGCAUUGGCCUGGGCCAGAGCCCCUGCAGCCGUCCUGAACUUCAACUGCCUGCUGAUUCUGCUGCCCGUGUGUCGUAACCUGCUGUCUCUCAUUCGCGGCUCCUUCAUGUGCUGUGGGCGAACUAUGAGGAAACAGUUGGACAAAAAUAUCAGUUUUCACAAGCUGGUGGCCUACAUGAUUGGGCUGAUGACAGCUGUUCACACCAUUGCCCAUUUGCUGAAUGUGGAGUGGUACUACAAUAGUAGGCUUGGGGAGUAUGAUGACCUCAGCACGGCCUUGUCCAGCCUGGAUGACUCAGGAAACACCACCUUCCUGAACCCAAUCCGUUCUACAACCACUACGCCGACCCUCCUGGUGUUCACCACCGUCGCGGGGAUCACAGGUGUAAUCAUCACGCUGUCACUCAUCCUCAUGAUCACCUCAUCCAUGGAGGUCAUCAGGCGCAGCUACUUCGAGGUCUUCUGGUUCACACACCACCUUUUCAUCGUCUUCUUCGCUGGGCUGGUCAUCCAUGGAGCCGGACGCAUCGUGCGAAGUCAGACCACCACCAAUCCACCACAUAAUGCCACCUUCUGUAAAGAUCGAGUAGAUGACUGGGGGAAGAUUCAGGAGUGUCCCGUUCCCCAGUUUGCAGGGGGGUUCCCACAGACCUGGAUGUGGGUGAUCGGUCCCAUGAUCCUCUAUGUGUGCGAGCGCUUGCUGCGCUUCAUCCGCUACAUGCAGACCGUCAAAUACAGAAAGAUAGUUAUUCGACCAUCCAAAGUGUUGGAGCUGCAGCUGGUGAAGAACGGUUUCAAGAUGGACGUGGGUCAGUAUGUCUUCCUCAACUGCCCAGCCAUCUCCCAGCUGGAGUGGCACCCCUUCACCAUGACCUCGGCCCCCGAGGAGGACUUCUUCAGUGUGCACAUCCGCUCCGUGGGCGACUGGACCCAGAAACUAAUCAGCAUUGUGGAGCAGCUUCCUGAGGGGGCUGAGGGACCCAAAAUGGGUGUAGACGGACCGUUUGGUACGGCCAGUGAGGAUGUGUUUGACUACGAGGUUGCCAUGCUGGUUGGCGCUGGCAUUGGAGUCACCCCCUUCGCCUCCAUCCUCAAGUCCAUCUGGUACAAAUUCAAAGACUCCAACCCAAAGCUACGCACCAGAAAGAUCUACUUCUAUUGGUUGUGCAGAGAGACGCAUGCCUUUGAGUGGUUUGCAGAUCUGCUGCAGCUGUUGGAGAGGGAGAUGGAGGAAAGAGGCAUGGGAAGCUUCCUCACCUACAAACUCUACCUCACUGGAUGGGAUCAGAGCCAUGCAAACCAUGUGAUGGUUCAUGCGGAUGCGGACACAGAUGUGGUCACUGGUCUGAAGCAGAAAACCAACUACGGCAGGCCCAACUGGGAUAAGGAGUUUGAACAAGUGCGCAAAGAGAAUCCGACGUCAGUGGUGGGCACAUUCUUAUGUGGCCCUGCAGUCUUGGCUACUGUCUUGUCAAAGAAAUGUGUCAAAUACACGGAUGUCGAUCCCCGAAAGACCAAAUUCUACUUCAACAAGGAGAACUUCUGAGCAAAACAAUGAGCAAAACAAUAUGCUCCACUUGAAGGAAAAGCUGUAUCUUUGGUCUUCCAAAAUGUUUGCAACAGAGAUGUUUUUAGACCAUUCAUCUGAACACAAUGAACGAUGACCAAUCCUGGUACGCUGUCUAAUAUUUCUUUCACAUAGGAUUCACAGUAUUUUUUUUAUUUCUUUAUUUAAUUAGGCAAGUCAGUUAAGAACAUAUUCUUAUUUACAAUGCCGGUCUACCCCGGCCAAACCCGGACGACGCUGGACCAAUUGUGCGCCGCCCUAUGGGACUCCCAAUCACGGUCGGUUGUGAUUCAGCCUUAAUCGAACCAGGGUCUGUAGUGACACCUCUAGCACUGAGAUGCAGUGCCUUAGACCGCUGCGCCACUUGGGAGCCCACCACAGUAUGUUGCCUGUAAAAACAAUUGGACAAUGUUUAUAUGAUCCCCUUUCAAACAGCCCCAUCUUUACCACGUUUCUUGUCGGCAUUCAUAUUUUAUUAUAGGAAUUACUUAGGCAGCAACUGAGCAAGAGACAUUCAACUUUGACCAUGUUGUUGCGACCGUUGUCAUGAUAACCUGGUGCAGCAAGCAGCAUUGAGCUCGCCAGUUUGUAGUGUAAGCAUCCCCUUGGCAUUUCCACGCCCAGUGGUUAUCAGUGGGAGAAGUUUUAAUGAGAUGGAUUUUGUCCGAAAUUCUCUCGCAUUUUCACAUCGAUGAAACAUUUGAUCUCAAUACAGUUUUAUGUUCCAAAAAGAUAAUCUGUUACGAACUGAGUGGACUAAGUUCUGUAGAUUUUACCCUUUGCCAAAGUUGUAAAAAAUGGUGUUGUUUAGAAGGAGCGCAAAGGUGAAUUGAGUUAUUGCACACACGCGCUUCACAGAGUAGGCGUUCCCUAACGGAAAUAUGCAAAUUUUGUUAGAACGCACCAAUAGGAUCUCACUAGCUCAUGCUUGGCUCUGCCCACCUCCUUCCUUGUUCUGCCCACUAUGACUCAUUUGUUCCCAUUGGAAAUGACAGGCUGUGGUCCAUCUUGGGUUAGUUUAAAAAAUCUUUGUUAAACUUCUGGUUCAUUCAGUCAUUCCUAUGGGGAAAAUUAAUGGAGAAAGAAUAGGGUUUUGGGAUAAAUGCCAGAAAUGAGGUUUGAGGUUAACACAGGCUUAGAAGAUCUUAUACAUUUUGUUCUAUGAUAUAUUAUCAGUCAGUUAACAUGACCUUUAUGCAUCUUGCAGCCUUAAUGUGCUUUGUCGUAAUUUUUAUUACAUAAAUGCUUCAAAAUUCACAAAAACGUAUGUUUGCUGAUGAAGGUUAUCUCAUAGAACAAAACGUAUACGAUCUCAUAAGCCUGUGUUUACCACAGACCUUACUUUCAGCAUUUAUCCCCCCAAAAAACAUUUCCCCAUAGGUGUUGGCCAACGAGCCAUGGUGGACUCAGCCUCUGUUAGUGCCUACAAAAGACACCACUACUAUUGCGCUCUAUUGAUAAUUUUUACAUUUCUCCGAUAGGACAAACUGCAAUGCACUGCUUUCAUUUGUUCACAUUCACAAACAGCAGGGGUGGAAAAGGUACCCAAUUGUCAUACUUGAGUAAAAGUAAGAUAUAUUCAUAGAAAAUGACUUAAGUAAAUGUCAAAACUUGAGUAAAAGUUUCAAAGUAUUUGGUUUUAAAUAUACUUAAGUAUCAAAAGUAAAUGUAAUUGUGAAAAUAUACUUAAGUAUCAAAAAGUAUACAUUUCAAAUUCAUUAUAUUAAGCAAACCAGACGGCAUUGUUUUGUUUUUUAAAUUUACGGAUAGCUACGGCCACGCUCCAAUACUCGGACAUCAUUUACAAACGAAGCAUGUGUUUAGUGAGUCCGCCAGAUCACAGGCAGUAGGAUGACCAGGGAUGUUCUCUUGAUAAGUGUGUGAAUUAGACCAUUUUGCUGUCCUGCUCAGCAUUCAAAAUGUAGCACGUACUUUUGGGUGUCAGGGAAAAUGUAUGGAGUAAAAAGUACAUAAUUGUCAUUAGGAUUGUAGUGAAGUAAAAGUACUCAAAAAUAUAAAUAGUAAACUAAAGAUACCCUAAAAAAACAACUUAAAUAAAAAUACUUGAAAGUACUACUUAAGUACUUUACACCACUGACAAACAGUAAGUUAGAAACUCGCCAUACUUGUAAAUAAUUACCUUGUAAUGUGUUAAAUUUUCCUGUUAUGGUUAAUAAAAAGUUGGCUACAGUUGAACUCAAAACGUCAGAUAUGUUCUAGUAAUUAUUUGAACUGGCUAGCCAGAACUUUACUAGAAAAAACCCUUUCAUUUCCCUACAGGCUUUGGUCAACAAGCCAUGGUGGAGUUGAUACCUUUCAGAAAAGUCUGCAAAAAGUUGGGGGCAUGAAUCUUGGACUGAAAGCUGGCUGCCUCAGUGACUAUAUGGGUGUGUUACAUAACUUGAAUACCUUUUUAGAUUCUACCUCUUCUACAGAAAACCGACAAGCCUUGCACACAGAGACAAAAGCUUUGUUAUAUCUGCACUACUCAGGGAUUGGCUGGCUCCUUUGCUUCCCGCUUUUCACAAUGAAUCAUGAUGUAUGAAGUCACUUACUGUUAAUAAUCGAAGUCCUUUGUACAGAAUAGCUCAUCUUGUUAAAAUGAUUGCCAUUAAAUGACACAUGGAUGAGUAAGAUAUUCACUAAAGUGUAGGGAGUUGUUUGGUAGGUUACCUGUGAUGGAGUGGUGUUACACAUGUGGCCCAGGCUAACCAUUGGAUUUUGUUUGCCCCCCACAUUAUCUAAAUAUUGGAGAUUUUGAUAAGGGAAAUAAGAUUUCUCUAGAUAGCAGAGAAAUCAAAGUCACUCUUCUUGGGGGCAAUUUCUACACUACUUUAUGUGGGUGUAACAAAAUGUACACUGCCAAUGUACCGAAAAUUGUUAAUUUUCUUUUACAGAAAUGGUAGCUUGGGCAAGAUAACUGAUACACCCACCUUAGAUGCUUAAGUGUUGUUUUGUGCUUUCAAGGGGUGUGGCCACAGAAGGAAACAAUACUCCUACAUUAAAGCCCUAUAGUAUAAUCAAUCUACAUUUCCUUGUAAAUGACAUGACUGGAAGGAAAGGAGGGUGAGGCAUUGCCAGUCAGCCAGGGAAUGUGUUCCAAAUCAGAUAGGAGUGAUGUUUUUAUGAAGUGUACUUCCCUUACAAUUAUGUAACAGGGAAGACUCCAUGUUCCUUCUGACCCUGCACAAUUAUUUCACAUUCUUUUUUGUCUUGAUUCUGUCUCUUUUAUAAGCAAAUAGAUCACUUUGUAGUCUAAAAGGACACUUUAAUCCUCUUCUGUACAUACCAACAGCUCAUCUGAAUAAAUAC